UUUUGUUUUCCAGUUGUCUGAUAUGAGCUUUAAAAAGCUCAUUUUCCUCUUUCAGUUCUUCCUCACAGAAAUUACAUGCAUUAGUAGUUAGUACUGUUUGUAGGGUGCAUGUGUAGCAUAGACGUGAGGGGCAGUGACUGCCAUGGUCAGAUGGGUGUACCGCUGCCACAUUGGGUGUCUCUGCACAGCGGGUUGCUGCACAUUGCAGUGGGAGGGCCCCCACCUGCUCCUUUCCGUGGUGGAGGAGGGGUCUCAUGUGAAACUAGAGAAGAACUUCGUAAAUCCCACCUUGGGUCCUGUUUGUUCCAUGGCCACACAAUGUCCCGUGUCACUUCUGUGACACCAGGCAUCUCCUCUCAUGCCUUGCUCUUCUCCUGGACACUCUCCUCUAACUUCGUCCUUUUCAGCAAGCUAAUAGCACAAAUGAAAGGGAACUCAUAGACAUGAUGGAGAUCACAUUUUAACAUGGUCUGAUGGUGACAGUGUUACCUGAAAUGUAACAGUCAAGGUGGGAAACACUCAGGAUGUGUGUUUAGAGUGGAGACAUGGUUUCUUUUCCAUACAGGCACCUCCUGCUAUUUGUGCAAGGUUUUCAUGCAUCCAGCACUGCUUUACUCUGCCUUGUUAAUACUGAACAAACAGACACUGCAUACAUAUCCAUAAGGUUAAGCAACUGUAUCCUCCACAUCAGUAAGCACGUACCUCUGAAAGUAAUGUCUCCUAUUUAUUUCCAUGGAAACUACAACAGAUACAAUGAGCACUGAUAGAGCAAAUUCUCAGCUCAGUGGGAUUGAGGUCAACAACAACUAGGUGCCUUUCAGCAGGUGAAUCGAGCAGUUAAACUGGUACAGGCAUGAGGCCUUUUUGACACCAACGCUUCCCGAGAUAGAAGUGCAUGUGAUUCAAGAUGAAUUUGGGUGGGGACUGUGGCGACAAGGCUCUGUUAGCUCUCAAUAGGUUUUUGGUCCCAGGUCUGGUAUGGAGCAGAAGAACAAUAGAGUAUGACAAGGAGAUAGCUGCCAGCCAUAUGCUCUGCAUUACAAGCAGUGAGCCAGUAAUACACCUGAAGUUAAAGUAAAAACAACGCUACUGACCCAGGGGUGGGUGCAAGCCCUGACAUGCAUUCCUAAGUCGGGGUAGCCCAAUCUCAAGCAGCAGCAUGCUGGGUCACCCAUUUGAACCAGUGCAGUCACUUGUCUUCUCCAUUAAAAGAAAAAUCGCAGAAAAUAUUAGGUCCAGUUGUUGAUCACAGCAGCUGUGUGUCCCUAAGAUGUCAGCAAAUGCCCCCAGUGUGUUCCAGGGUCCCCUUUGUCCCCAGCGCAUCCCACAUGGAUCACCACAUGCCCCGCAUUUCCCCAGUGAGGUCCCCCACCAAGCACAGAAACUUAACAGCAAAGUUUUGUUACCGUUAAGUCAGGUAUUUUUUAUUAGUGGUAUUGGGGUGUGGCGUGAAGUGUGGGAUGACCCAGCUUUUGUCCUCCCGUGUCACCUGGGUCCUGGGUGGAAGGGGACAGGGGCAGUGCCACCAAAUUGGGGAUGUCCUCACAGGCUCAGGUGGGGGCUGGGGGACAUGGGGAUCCUGCAGUGGGGGCCCAGGAUUGUCCUUGAGGCAGUGACUUCCAAUGGUGGCAGCCCCAUGAGGUGGCAGAGGAGGAAGUUUGUGGUUUCCCAAGCUCAGGGAGCUUGGGGACCUCAUGGUGGCACCACAGGGAUGGUAGCAGUAUGGUAGCACCCAUGGGGACAGCAGUGGCGACACUGCAACCAUUUGGGUCCCAAAGGGGAGGUGACCCCACCUGGACACCUGAUUCCCCAGAAGGAGGUGACCCUAAAUGGAAACCUGGGUCCCCAAGGGGAGAUGACCCUUUGUGGACACCUGGGUCCCCAAGGGGAAGUGUGCACUGGGCCUCAUUCCUAGGUUGUCCCAGUGGUGACACGUGCACAGGUGGCAGAUGGGGACAGCUCCAUGGGGACCAUAGUGGUGUCCCCACCUGCAACCUUGGGGAGGUGUCACCUUCUGGACCCUCUCAGAUACUUAGGUCUUUUUUUUCUGGGGUUGUUUCCCUCUGAUCCCCUGGGUCCCCAGGAAUUGUUCCCAGCCAGAUAGCUGGGUCUCCAAAGAGACAUCCCCACAUGGAUACAUGGGGCCCCCUGAGAUAUCCCCAACCAAACACCUAGAUACUUGAGAAGUAUCCCCAACCCAGAUACUUGGGUCCCCAAAAGGUAUCCUCAGCCAGAUAACUGCCUCCUUAGGAAGUGUCCCAAACCAGCCAUUCAUGUCUCCAUCUGGUCACCCAGGUCCUCAGUGCAUGUUCCCCUGCCCUGACUCUUUGAAUCCCUGCAGGAUGGCCUUGCCCCAGAUAACCUCAGCGAGAGCCUCAGCCUUGUCAGCAUCCACACGGGUGCUGGUGGAACUAGCAGAGGCCUUGGAGACACCAGGAAUGAUGGCAGCAGUAAUGCAGGAGGCCAAGACAGCAGUGGUGAUGGCUGAGGUACCAUUGAAAGGGCUCAAGGCCAGGUUGGUGCUGGUGUUGAUGGAGGUGAUGGAGCUGAUACCAGUGCAGGAGUUGCAGGCCAGAAGGCUCUACCAAACCUUGGAGAUCUCCACCAUUGGUGCCAAAGAGCUGGAGUAGGAGCCAGGACAGAACCAACAGCACCAAUGGCUCCUGGGAGUUCUGUGAAACACCACCACGGGGCUGCUGCUCCUCUGUGCUCUGCUGCAUGAGUACAGAUCAGUAAGAACCAGUAGGAACAAGUAGAAAUGAGUAAGGCUGCAGAUCAGUAGAAAUCAAUAAAAUCAAGUAGGGAGCCUUAAAGGUCUACUUGAAUCACCAAUGGCAGAGAAUUCUACAGUCCUGUAGGCACCAGUUCAGUCCAGCAGGGACCAGUUCCAGCCAGUGGGGACCAGUCCAGGAUGGUAGGGACCAGUACCAGCUGGUAGACACCAGUUCAGACCAGUAGGCACCAGUUCAGGCUAGUAAUCACCAGUUCGGGCCACUAGGGACAAGUACAGAGCAGCAGGAAGCCCUUCUCUGACCAAUAUAGACUUGUAUGGACCACAAGGGUAUUCUACAGACCAGUUUAGACCACUGAAAACCAGUAGGGAUUAGUAGAAACUACCAUAAGCCAGUAGUGUCCAGUACAUACUGGUAGGGGACACUGUAGUCUUUCCCCUUCCUUAACCAGACUAGACCAGCAAGGACCAGUAUGGACUGGUAAGAACCACUGUAGGCCUGUAGGAAGCAGUACAGAGCACGAAGGAGCCCACACUGACCAGAACAGACCACUAUAGAGCCAACCAGUAUGGACCAGGGGACAAUGGGAGAAGAUGGGGACAUUGAGAGAGAACGGGGACAAUUGGAGGGGAUGAGGGGACACUGGGAGGGGAUGGGGACAUUGGAAGGAGACACGGAACAAUGAAAGAGGAUGGGGACACUGGGAAUGAAUAAGGGACACCAGAAGGGAUUGAGGACACCAGGUAAUGGAAUCUCCAUCCCCUUUGAUACCCAAGUGUCCCUCCAGUGUCUCCUGGACAUGGUGUAGGAUGUGCUGAGGGUGACACGGGAAAGCCACCUUGCCUGGCCAUUGUCAUCAUCCUCAGCCAGGUGGCCCAGUGGGCUGUGGAAAAAUCCAAGGGCCACCUGGCUACCAUCGUCAACCAUCAGUAUCAUAAAAAGUCCCACUAGCACACCCAUCCUGGACUACUGCCACCAACACCACCAGUGCCACCAAGGCCAGAAAAGCCACUGAUGCUGCUUCCACCGUUAGGGAAGUGUUGGAGGAGGCUACAUGGGGAUGGCAGAAGGGGCAAUGCCCCUAAAUGUUCCCGCUAAAGAUCUCGAGAUUGUCCCCAAGAAUACCCCCAAGUAAUGGGGGACACUGUGGGGGCAUGCUGGGACAGCAUUGGGGCACUAGGGAGGUGUUAGGACAAAAUUAGAGUCACCAUUGAAGUUGUGAUGAGGAAAAGCUGAGGACAUCCUGGGUGUCUGGGGAACAUCAGGAGCUAUUGGGGACAUCAGGGGACACUGGGGGUGGUGGGUGGUCAGGAGAUGAGGAAAAGUGGAAAAAUAACCCUCAAAAUGAGGAAAAACCUCUGGAAAAAGGAGAAUCUAUCUCCCAGAAAAUCAGAAACGGAAAUGAACCCAGCAUGCUCCCACAUCACAUGUUUCCAGCCAAUCGUCCUCUGGCUCUGCAGGAAGCUUUCCUUUCCCUUUGCAAUUCCCUGCGGCAGCGCCCAGCCCCGUUUUGGAUUCGCUUUCCUUCUUUUCACUGUUACCGAGGUCGGCUGAAUCCCCACUCCGAGUAUCCACAGGGAUGGACCCAUAGGUCCCCAGCCUCAGAUUUAACGAUAUUUUCCCCCUUUUAUAGAAAAUUGCCUCAAAAUAAGCUGUUUUAGUAAUCUGUUUUAGUACUUAUUACUAUAUAUUUUCUGCUAUAGCACUAAUUGCUGCUAACUGCAUUAAUUUGUUGGAGUUUGGGUUUUCUGUGCAAUCCAGCCUGAAAGCAACGACCUUGGGACCGGCAUUUGUCGCCUCACUGCCACCACCCAUGUGGACACAGGAUAUCACCAAGGCCAUCGGCCCCUCUGAGGUGUCCCCAGAGCUGCUGCAGCCCCUGGUGACUGUAGUGGCCACCUUGGGCAAGUUGGGGGCCAUCCCUGGUGACAUCUCCCUGCAAGGGAACAUGGGCUCACUGCGGGCCAGGCUGCUGACCUUCAGCUCUGGUGUGCGCAGAGCCAUGGUGCACCCAGAUGGUGAUGCCACCCGCCUCCGACGCGCCCUGGGGGCAUCCAAGGAACAGCCCGGUGCCCCUACAGCCAUCACUGACUCUUGGCAGAAGGCAGUGAUCACAGUGAAGGACAUCUGGGCUGAGCUGCGGGAGGAUGCUGCAUGCCUGAGGGAUGCCUGUGGGAAUGUGGCCACUGCCAAGACCGCCACUGAGGCCACCAAGGGCCACUUGGUGGAAGCGAUGACACGGGAGGACAAAGCACACAAAGGGUUGAUAGCUGCCACCAGAGUGGUGCCUUUGUCCUCAGAGGUGGCUGAGGUCACAGAGGUGGUGGCAGCCCAUGAUAUGCGGGUGGCAGAGGCCAGGGAAGGGCUGCAGGCAGCCACCAAGGCUACCGAGGAGGUGGCAGCGGCGGUGGUGGCAGCAGUGGCAGCCAAGGAGAGGGGACAACAUGCAGCAGUGGCCCAUGGGCUCCUGGUGCAGUUGGUAGCCGCCUGUAUGGGGGCCUAUAACUACUAUAGUCAUGUGGAGCACUAUCUCAAGGACAUCAAGGCCAUGGUGGGUGUCACUACUGGAGAUGAUGGCCCUGAUGUCCCCAAGGCCACUAAGGGGGACAUAGGUAUCCCCAAGGAGCUAGCAGAGAUAGUGGUGGUGGCCGAGGCGCUGUGGGAUGCCAGCGCCCGCCUGACCCAGGAACACCUCUUGGGGACACUGCGGGGUGUUCGGAGCCUGCUGGCCACCUUCAGUGUCACUGAGGCCACCAAGGUCACCCAGCGCUGCCAAGAGGCCACCAACGCCCUCCCUGGGCUGCUGCCACCGGGGCUGUGCUAGGGGACAAACACAUGCAUCAGGGACCAGUGGUACCAACACCACCUUGAGGUCAUGGAGACGGCAGAUGGGGCCUUCAGGACCGCCAUUCCAACCACCAUCAGAGUGAGGGCUGUCACAAAAUGUCAUCUCAGUGUCACCUCCAUGCAUUCCCUCAACACCUCCAGGGACAGGGAUGCCACCGAUUCCUGAUAAAAAUGGGAAAACAGUUUUGUUUUAUAAAAAUUAUUUUGUUUUAUAAAAAUGGUUUUGUUUUAUAAAAAUGUUAUCACAUGACGAUGUUCUGGCUCCGUGUCACUUUAUCCCUAAUGUCAGCAGGAUAUCCUAUGUCAGCAGGAUCCUCACACAUCUCAUCCUGUGUCCCCUUCUUAUGUCUAUCCUCCUGUUCCUCUCCAGGUUCCUACGUAUCACCUUCUACUGUGUCCCUUUGACAUCCCUUUUACGUCCCUAUAUGUCACUUCUGCUGUGUCCCUUCCAUGUCGCUUCCCAGUGGGCCCAUGAGGGUUCCUGGUGUUCCCAAAGACAUCUCAACCAGACAAAGGGUCCUGGUGUCCCCAUGGGUAGCUCCUGGUGUCCCCAUUUUUGGUUCUGAGAUCCCCAAAGCUACCAUAGCAACAAAAGGGAAUUUCCAUGGGUGUCCUGGUAUCUCCAAGGCCAUCAUGGUCAUGUCCUUGUCACCUCCUAUGUGCAUCACCACAUGUCCCCCCUGUUGAAAUGGGAUGAAACUGGAGACCUCCAGACCUUGCAGGAAGGUGACGGCCCCCAGCCACCAAAAUCAACAAGCGUGGUCCAAGAGUGGUCCUGUUACAUCCUGCCACAGGCCAGGGGCUCCUGGAGUCACUGAAGUGCCACUGAGGGGUCUUGAGGGGCUGCCAAGGAGACAAGACAGAAAGGCUGGAUAAGGAGCUCCAGUCUGCAGGUCUGCAGGGGUCGCUGCAAACCCUGGGACCCCAACUCCUGUGGGGCUCCCCGAAAAAGACAGCACCCCUAAGGAGUCCCCAACACUGAGGGGAUCCCCUCACAUCCCACAGGACCCCUCAAUCUGCAUGGGAUGCCUGUGACCCUUCCAAAAUUCCGCAGUGCCAGUAAGAUUCUGCACAUCCUCCCAAAUACAAUAAGCCCACCUGAAAAAAGGCAAAACUAUGGGAACCCACAGACCCUCCCAAUCCCUUUAGCAC